AUGGCAGCAGUGUCCGAACCAGAGCCAGCAGUGAUCGAGGACACCCACGGCUCACGCAGCUACAGGCCUUUCAACAGAGGAAAUAAGCUCAAGAGAACGAUAGAGGAGGCUGAAGGCGCAGCAACGCUUUCUGGAAGGCCGACAAUUUGGACUGUGAGACCGAUUGACGAGGAGUUGGAGUACGCCCAAAUCGGAAAACGCCGCGCCAUCCUCCGCCGCGGCAAAGACCGCUCCACCGAAGACGACCCCUACACAAACGUCGACAUCGAAAAACUCUGGUCCUUCCCCACCCACAUAACCACCGCCGCCGCCACCGCCUCCUUCUCACACACCCUAACCAACCGCGCCUUGAAAGUCCUCUCCCACACCGCGAUGGAGAUGAUGGAAGCCGAGGCAGAUUUCGGGCGGAGUCUGGCGGGGGUUGCGAAUGUGUUGCAGGGGGAUGAUCCGCUUUUCCAGGAUGGGGAGAUUGAGAAGGUCGUGGGGGAGGAUUUGUUGGCGGAGGUUCGGGGGGAUUUGCAGGAAUUGAUGAGCUGCAGCGAAGAGUACAUAAAACGGAUGAGCGACAUGCGGGACAGGCUCUUGUUGGCGUACACGCAGAAAAAGUCGUUGGCGAAGGAAUUGAUGCCCGCGAAGAAACCGUUGAUUCCGCCACUGCCCGAUCUCGACGAUUAG